AUGGAUGUAAUUAACACCAUAAUCGAGCUUUCUUUGCAAAUGCGAGGCCCAUUUCUAGGUACCACGUUGGCAGCCUGUCUCCUCAUCGUGAUAUUAUACCGUGGCUACGACCACAGGCGAUUUUAUCGGGAUUUGCCAGGGCCUCCCCAUAGCUGGCUGUUCGGCCAUAUCAAAGUCUUUGGUCAGGUCGCAGCAUUGAUGCCCCCAAACACUCACCCGCAGCUCUUCUACACAGAACUGGCCCGCUUAUACAACCUCGAGGAAAUAUUCUAUCUCGAUCUCUGGCCUAUAGCCUCUGGCGUGGUCGUGAUUAUUGAUCCUAAACUCAUGGACAACUCAUCGCUUCCGAAACCACUCCCUAUACCUCCUUUUACUGCAGUAUUCUUGAAACCGAUGUUUAGCGAGGGGACAAUGUCAGCAGCCAACGGCGCGCUAUGGAGGAAGAUGGUCACAGCUGUUAGUCCGACUUUCUCGAUGAGCCGUGUCCUAGGAAUGACGAAUAUUAUGAUCGACGAAUGUUUGCUAUUCCAAGAGAAGUUGGACGAAUUAGCUGUGGGGGGAGACGUCUUCUCCAUGGAGGAACUCGUCGCCGAACCAGUAUUCGGCAUAGUCUCGAAAGUCACAUUUGGAGAGACUCAGCAUUCUCAAACAGCGGAAAGUCAAAUUUUGAAGCAUUUGAGAGACCUUGUGAACCUUGCUCAAGGAGAGACAGAUCCCCUCAUCGCCUAUAAGCCAAUGGUACAGAUCCCACGACGAUGGAAGAGACACCGAGUCGUUAGCAGGCUUCACUACUCUCUGAGGGGAAAGGUCAAUAAAUGUGCUGAGCCGACUGUUCAGGAAGGAGUCGUUCCAUCAAGACAGAACCCGAGAAGUAUCAUGGAUCUUCUGGUUCGUGAACAUGCGGAAGCUGUGCUGGAGGAAAGGAAGCGCGGUGUGUAUGGCCAUUCAGAAAUUUCUAAUUCAGAAGAAGAGAUUCUCUUUAGCAACACAUCGACGAACUCUCUCUGCUUUCUAUUUAUGCUCCUAUCAAAAGCCCCUGGUUUCGUCAAAAAGAUGCACCAAGAACACAUUGAACAACUUGGAACCUCUCCUCAAGUCACUCUUCUUGCCAACCCAAACAUGCUUCGAAGACUCCCUUACACAGAAGCGGUUGUCAAAGAAUCUCUGAGACUCUAUCCCCUCGGGUCCGAUCUAAAGCAUGCACCUCCUGGUACAACAAUCACCACACAUGAUGGCCGCCGCCUUCCUAUUGCCAAUGGCCUCAUCGUGACAGUCAGUGCACACACCAUCCACUACGGCGCACACAUCUACCCGGACCCUACAGCCUUUCGACCAGAACGAUGGUUAGAUCAAGACAAGACUAUCCCCAGUGAUUACUUCAGGGUAUUUGGCGGGGAUGGGAGAACGUGCCCUGGCCAGAAUAUGGGAAUGAACAUACUCAAGAUUGUCAUGGUCAUGACUAUGAGUAAGUAUACGUUUGAAUGUGCGGAACUGAAGCCCAACAGGGAGCCCAAGACGAAGCACACCAAUUUUGAUCUUGUGUUUGGGGACAUGGCAUUUCAGCAGCUUGGAUUGGACGGGAGGCCGAGGGAUGGGAUGAUGAUGACUGUAAGGCAAAAGGCGCAAGGCUAUUAA